AUGGUAGUCAUUACAUUAACUUUAACAACUGUCGCAGCUGCAAUUGGUGCUGUUGGUGGUAUUGUUGCAAUUGGUUCAACAGCUAUUGAUAAAAUCAAAGGUUUUUUACCAGACAAAGAGGCCGAUAAAUUAGAAGUUAAAUAUUUAAGAUUCAAUGAUAAAAGACCAAAGGGUGGUUUUAGAUUAAUCCUUGUUAACGAAAAGACUGGAUGGAAUAAAGCAGUUAGAAUUUACUUGGACCCAAAAAGCAGUGAUUACAAAGAAAUCAAAGCUGGUGAUAGUACUGGUAAACCAUGUAAAAAAAAUAUGCAUUUAAAAUAUGAUUCAACCAGAAUUGAUUUCCCAAAAGAUGUUGAAUAUAUUUCACUUAAUUUAAUGAAACCAGGUGCUCUUGGAGUAUAUUCAACUGUUGAUGAAAUUAGAAUUUACAAAGAUAUCCAAUCAAAAUUAGAUGGUAAAACUCUUGUAAUUUAUUGGGAUAAUGAUGAUUCAAAAUAUUUCGAUAAAAAAGAAAAUUUAGUUAGUCCAGCUGAUAUCCUCUAA